AUGUUGUUCAGGUCCAGAUAUCCCGACAUUGAGUGUCCGAAUGAUGUGACGAUAUGGGAAUGGGCUUUCGAGGACGCGAGGUACUCGCCAUUGUUUAGCUUUCCGCCCAACGAGAUCGGAGGCUUCACCAAUGCAGUCACCCAGGAGCGGCUAGACUACUUACAAGUCAAGGAGCAUGCUACACAUCUAUCCACAGCCUUGGUCAAGCGAUAUGGCUUGCAGGUGGAAGAGACAGUAUCCUUGUUUAGCCCGAAUACGAUAUGGUACCCUGUCGCUUUGUUCUCCAUCUUGAGAGCAGGUGGAAGAGUCAACGGCGCCUCUCCUGCAUAUGGCCCGGACGAGAUGGCCCAUGCCCUCAAGACGGCACAAACAAAGUAUAUCAUGACUGUGCCCAGCUCCAUCAACGUGGCCCUUGUAGCGGCAAAGAAAGCGGGAAUUCCCAACGACCGCAUUUUCUUGUUAGAGGGAGAGCUCGAGGGCUACACGACGAUAAAGCAACUGUUGGAAAUUGGCAAGAGCUACGGCAAUGACCAGACGCCUACAUAUCGCAUCCCAGCGGGCAGCACCAACGAUGUGUGCGGGUUCCUGACCUUCAGCAGUGGAACAACUGGGCUACCAAAAGCUGUGAUGCUGUCACAUAAGAAUAUGAUUGCUCAAUGCCAACAGCUGAAGGACGUUGCAGGACCGGAGAAGAAACGGUUUCUGGCAUGCCUCCCCUUGUUUCACAUCAGUGGGCUCAUGCGUUUCCUUCACUGGCCUAUCGCUGGCAAUGACGAAUGCAUCAUGCUCCCACAAUUCACUAUGGAAGCGUUCCUAGAUGCCAUUAUCAAAUACCAGAUCACAGAUCUCACCCUGGUCCCGUCCAUUGUCAUUCGACUCGUACGCGACCCUAUUGUUGAUGGUUACGAUCUCACUUGUGUCAGGACAAUCGCAUCUGGCGCAGCUCCUCUUGGGCAGGAGGUCAUCCGCCAACUUGAGCAGAAGAUGCCGUGGACCGGAUUCAGGCAAAGUUACGGUAUGACAGAGUCGUGCUGCUGUCUGACGACCCACCCACCUGAAUUCUACAGCUAUAAAUAUGCCAACAGCGGGGGUGUGCUGCUUGGCUCGACGACAGUGAAGAUCCUCGACGUGGUUACAGGUGAAGAGCGAGGGCCAAACGAGAUAGGCGAGAUUCUUGCCAGUGGUCCCCAGAUUGCAAUGGGGUAUCUCGCAAACGCGAAGGAAACAGCCGAGACAUUUGGAGCGGACGGCUUCCUACGUACCGGUGACAUUGGUAGUAUCGAUGAUGAAGGCUUUAUCCAUAUUGUUGAUCGAAUCAAGGAGAUGAUCAAGGUCAAAGGUCAACAGGUAGCCCCAGCGGAGCUGGAGAGUCUCCUACUGGGACAUCCUGCCGUGGACGAUUGCGCCGUGUUGGGGAUACCUGACGACUAUAGUGCCGAACGACCAAAGGCAUAUAUUGUGUUGAAGCCCACUGUGAAGCCGAGUGACGAGGUGGGCAGGGAGCUGAUACAAUAUGUGAAAGAGAGGCGAGUGCGCUAUAAAUGGAUCAAGGAGGUAGAGUUCAUCGCAGAGAUACCAAAGAGCCCCAGUAGCAAGAUCUUGAGGAGGGUUUUGCGGGACAAAGAGAAGCGAGGGGAGAAGGGUCAGAUUGUCAAGGAUAUCUCGGACCGUGCUCGGCUUUGA